AUGGUGAUGGCUGUACGAUGUCCAACUUUGCUACUUGCUCAAGUAGGUGCUUCUUUUAAUAAAAUUUUAGUAAAUUCUAGACCUAUAUUUUCUCAUAGUUUAAUUAGAGGAUUUCACUGCCAUAAUCCAUUGAAAAUGGACUAUGAAAAAGAAAAGCAAAUAUUAGAUAAUAUUAGAGACACUAAAUUAACUCCCACUGAUAAAGAAGCCCUUCAAAAAUUAAGGAAUAUUGGUAUUUCUGCACAUAUUGAUUCUGGCAAAACAACUUUCACUGAGCGUGUUCUUUAUUAUACAGGAAGAAUUAAGGCUAUUCAUGAAGUGAGAGGACGCGACAAAGUUGGUGCUAAAAUGGAUUCCAUGGAAUUAGAAAGAGAAAAAGGUAUUACUAUUCAAAGUGCUGCUACUUAUUGUUCUUGGGAUAAAGGUGACAAAAGUUAUCAAUUUAAUUUAAUCGAUACUCCAGGCCAUAUUGAUUUCACUAUCGAAGUGGAAAGGGCUUUAAGAGUGUUAGAUGGUGCUGUCUUAGUCGUCUGUGCAGUUUCUGGUGUUCAGUCCCAGACUGUUACUGUAGAUAAUCAAAUGAGAAGAUACAAUGUUCCAAGAGUCACUUUUAUUAACAAAAUGGAUCGUAUGGGUGCUAAUCCGUUUAAAGCUAUCGAACAAUUAAACAGUAAAUUGAGGAUUCCAGCUGCUGCUGUACAAAUUCCUAUUGGUUUGGAAUCUGAUUUGAAAGGCGUUGUUGAUAUUAUUAAAAUGGAGGCAAUUUACAAUAAGGGCAACAAUGGUGAAAUUAUUGAGAAGAGUCUUGUUCCAGAAGAUCUUUUGGAAUUGGCUGAAAAAAAAAGACAAUUACUAAUUGAAACAUUAGCUGAUUGUGAUGACCAAAUGGCAGAAAUUUUCUUAGAAGAAAAAGAGCCAACUAUUCAAGAUAUUCAAGAUGCUAUUCGUAGAGCGACUAUUGCUAGAAAAUUUAGUCCAGUUUUAAUGGGGUCUGCUUUAGCUAACACUGGUAUUCAGCCUGUUCUUGAUGCAAUUGUGGAUUAUCUUCCUAAUCCAUCCGAAGUCUUGAACACCGCAUUAGAUAUUACAAAAGAUGAAGCCAAAGUAGAUUUGAUUCCGUCAGUUCAAGAACCAUUUGUUGGGUUAGCUUUCAAAUUGGAAGAAGGUAAGUAUGGUCAAUUAACUUACAUUAGAGUCUACCAAGGUCGUUUACGAAAGGGUUCCUUUAUUACAAAUGUCCAAACUGGUAAGAAAGUUAAGGUAUCUAGAUUAGUUAGAAUGCAUUCUGAAGAAAUGGAAGAUGUCGAUGAAGUUGGCUCUGGUGAAAUAUGUGCUACUUUUGGUAUUGACUGUGCUUCUGGUAACACAUUUACUGAUGGAUCAGUUAAAUAUUCUAUGUCAUCAAUGUUUGUCCCCGAUGCGGUUGUUUCACUUUCUAUCACUCCAAAGAGUAAAGAUUCCACAACUAAUUUUUCAAAAGCAUUAAAUCGUUUCCAAAAAGAAGAUCCAACAUUUAGAGUUAAAUAUGAUUCUGAAUCCAAACAAACUGUUAUUUCCGGCAUGGGUGAAUUACAUUUGGAAAUUUACGUUGAACGUAUGAAGCGUGAAUAUAAUGUUGACUGUACCACUGGUAAACCGCAAGUUGCGUAUCGUGAAUCUAUUACUAUUCCAUCCAACUUUGAUUACACCCAUAAAAAACAAUCUGGUGGUGCUGGUCAAUUUGGUAGAGUUGCCGGAACUUUAAGUCCCGUAGAAGGUAAGGAAACAAAAGAAAACAGUUUUAAAACAGCUAUUAUUGGUGGUGUGAUCCCAGAAAAAUUCUUAGCCGCAUGUAAUAAAGGUUUUGAAGAAGCAUGUGAAAACGGUCCACUAAUUGGUCAUAAAGUUAUUAACGUGCAUAUGUUGAUCAACGAUGGUGCCGUUCAUGCUGUUGAUUCUAAUGAACUGGCUUUUAAAACUGCUACUAUAGCAGCAUUCCGUCAAGCUUUCAAAAAUGCACGACCGGUUAUCCUAGAACCAAUUAUGAAUGUCACGGUGACAUCACCAAAUGAAUUCCAAGGUAAUGUCAUAAGUCUUUUGAAUAAAUUGCAAGCAGUGAUUCAAGACACUGAAGAUAAUGGAGAUGAUUUCAUUCUAAAGGCAGAAACACCAUUGAGUUCCAUGUUUGGCUUUGUAACAUCUUUAAGAGCUUCUACACAAGGUAAAGGUGAAUUUACUUUAGAAUUUAGCCAUUAUGCACCUGUAUUACCAAAUGUACAAAAGGAAUUGAUUCAAGAAUAUGAAAAGAAACAUAAUAAAAACUAA